AUGGACAUUGUCAAAUUCCGCGCCAGUUUUCGCAUGCCCCGGCGGAUUCGGUUGCCCUUUAUUCGCAGCUAUUCCUUUGUUGACCGAGGAGCCGACGCAGCGCUCCGCGUCCAACCCGUCGAGAUGCGGUCCCCGUUCACGCGAUCCGAUCCGAACAGCAAUCAACCCGGAAACGUCAAAUUCCUCCGAGCCACGAAAAAAUUCUUCAAAAAGAUCUACUCGACGGCCACGCUGCCGAAGAAGCAGUCGGUGCCGAACAUCACCGCCCCGGACGUCAGCCAGCUCGGCCAGAGCUACUAUGACUUUAGCUCGAGCUACCGCGAGCCGUCGCGUUUUGCCUCGGACGACUGCGAUGAUCCUUACACAUUCUCCACCUAUUGCUCAAACUACCGUAGCCCGAUGGACACGUAUCGCAACGAGCUGAACCUAUCCACGUCCCUCCAUUUCCCCAAGUAUGCCGACAGCCAGCCGGAUAGUGGUGUCGACGAUCGCUCGUCCACUCCCGACGAGUCGGUGGACUCGGUGGGGGCCUCGUCAUCGUCUCCCACCUCGUCCAGCUCGCACUCCACGGCCUCGUCGAAGCUGGAGACAAGCCACGACGAUUCGGGCUUUGCCCAGGUGCCCGUCAACGGUGACUGGAACAACGUGUUCGAGCAGUUGCGCCGAGAAAUGACACUUAUGCGAGAACGAGAUCAACAAAUCCUGGCGGACCUGCACAAGGUGGAAUCGCAGCUGAAGAGCGUGCGCCUCGCCUCGCAGUACGGCUUUGACGAUAAGGACGGCCCGGUGCCAAGUAUGCCGAUA